AUGGCCGAAUCGACUAGCUAUGGGAGCCUUCAAGUUUUGUAUACUGACCUUCUUGCGCUCUCGGAAGAAAGACUCUCAAGUCUCGAAAGACUCGGCUCUCAACUAGACGCUCACAUAGAAGAUUUUCGAAAUUUCUUGCACAAAAAUCCAAGGAACGAUACCGCUCGUAAAAGUUUGAGCAAUGGAAAGCUUGAAAUAGAUGGGAUUGAGUACGCUAUAAAUGAGGAGUUUCAAAGAGGUGCACAGCAACUGGCAGACGAGCUUGACCUAGAUGAACUCGACGCUGCCAAAAUCUUCUUCAGGGUUCAGGUAGACAACCCAGUUCCAGGACAACCAGUUUUAACAAAUGCUAUCAUACAAUUUCAUCAGCGAAGGAAAAUUACUCUAGAUUGUCUUCGGUUACUAUGUCAAAUGUCUGCAGAUGUUGAUCUAGAUGAGCUUUUGAGGGAAGAUCUACAGUCUAUAGUUGGCCAUGUGAUUUCGCCGCAAUCAGACUCUAAAAGAUUUACCUUAAAAUGUAUAUCAAGCAUGACAGAUAUCAGGAACUGGCUUCAAAGACUGGGUGACAAGAUAAGCGGUGCUUCAAUCGUCGGUCAAUUUAAUGCGGAAACACUUGAGGUAAUUGAGUAUCAGAGAGUCAGUCUAAUAAGGCAACAUGAAUCUAUCAGCACAAUACUAUUAUACUUAGUACGAGAAAAUCAUUCUGAUAUAGCCGACUUCCAUCAUAUCGUAAGCACUUUGAAAAAAGCAGAUAAAUACGACUAUUUACUUGUACACCACAUUCCUAUUAUAUCUGCAUACAUUUCCAAGUAUGGUGGUACAGAUGCCGUUGGCGGCAUGGUCGAAGCCCAAACUUUGCACGAAAAACUCAUGGCACAGGAUGAUAAGUCAUGGACGUUGGUAUAUUUACAAGCAGCAUUUCGACUAAUGUGGCUAGCUGAGUACAGUGGAUGGUACAGCGAAUCGAAUGAUGCUAACGUUCCUGACAAGCAACAAGAAGAAGAAGCUAAUCAUCGCAACAAGCUAAUCACUGAAGCUUUGAAGGAUGGAGCUCUUGAUUUCAUUCUAUCAAUAUCAGCCGAUGUAAAAUCUUCUGAAUGGCACGACCCCGCUCGUCAUGGAUUGCGCCAGUGGCUACAAAGAAAAUCGCCAUCAUUGCUAUCUGAUACAGUCACUUUCUCGGGCUUUUUCCAAAGUAUCUUAAUGGAACAACUAGAAAUAUUUGUGGAAUCUUUUAUUACAAAUCUACCUGACGUUUUACGGAAAUUACGGAUCGAUGAAGACGAGCAACGGCAAUUGAGCAAAGAUCACGAUCAUGACCUUGACUUAGAAAGGUUUAUUGUAAUAAUAUCCUACACAUUUGAGGGUCGCCCUAAAGCAGCAUUUGAAGGGUUUUGGGAUGUACCAGACGGAGCUCUAGUUGGAUUUGUACAUUGGGCCUCUAGAAGGGCAUCUACCCCACUUGUCAGUGCAUUUUGCGAGAUGUUACAGUCUAUUUCUGAAGACAAUGAGUGUGCAACCGCUGCACAUCAUUUUCUGUUAGAAGAGGGAGUUAUGAUGUCAGGAAAGAUGAGACGUGCGCAUUCUCUCACAUGGAAUCAGAUAUUCAAAGAACUAAGGUUCUUCUCAGGAAAGAUCAGGGAUUAUCCAACACCUUCUCAAUCUCAAAGUUUUCGCCCAUCGGUUCACAGUAUCAUGUUAGAAGCAGAACCUGAGUCAAUUAUGAUGCUUGAAUGUUACCUGAGGCUUAUUACACGGCUAUGUACCGAAAGUGAAGCUGCACGAACAUUCAUAGCGCAUCACCCCUCGUUUAACAUCGGGGAGCUUCUAUUUCAACUCGCAAGUAGUAGUAUAGGCCCACGGCUCAGAGCAAAUGCUUUCACCACCCUUCGGUCAUUACUUAGCCAUAAAACUAGAGAGUCAGGCGAACAUAUUUGGACUGCCCUGGAUAUGUGGGUCUCAGGAGGUAAUUCUCCGGGAUCUAAAAUUAUGAAACACACAUCUCUAGUGACAACUACAACUAAGGGCUCAAUAUUGCAGGGUCUUGCAUCUGGAUUUGAAGAACCAAAUGCUUUUGUUCAGCUUCUGCAUGCCCUCGUGCUGCCGGUGGAAGAUGAAAUCAUUCCCAACAAUAGUCUUCCUUUUCCCGAGAGCUUAGGUAUAUCUAUAAGGCAGCCAGGAAUUGAUCCUUACGUUGACUUUGCUAUCGGUGAAAUAUUUGGCCAACAAGCACAAUACAACGGUGCUUUAGACAUUGUUCAGCGAAGAAUAUUGAGUCUAACUUGUUUGGAUUUUAUGGCAACAUGCUUGGAAACAUUCAACGAAAAUUUAAUAAUUUUGGGUAGUCAAGCUAACAUAUCAAUUGACUCCGCAAUUAAGGCAUCAAGCCUUCAAAAUUAUGUUUUAUUGCACCCUUUCUCGAGGGUCAUGGAGUGGAUGUUUAACGAAAAGGUAUUGAGAGCGCUUUUUGCCUCGGUUCACCAAGACCCAGCAGAAGCUGCUCGUGCGGAACCAGAUUCUCCACUAAUUCUCUGCUUAUCUCGUGGUCUUCGCGUGAUUACAUUAAUUCUUGAACUUCAGCCAACAUAUCUCGAUAUAAUUAGGCCACUCCUUCAAUCGUACCUACCCCACCGGCGUGUUCGUGUGUCAAAUACUUCAUUUUCAAGCUUUGAGGAUGGAAUACUGAAUCAUCUUUCAAUUUUUCCAUUAUUGGGCAGAUACUGCGGCACGGGUCAUCCCGAACUAAUAGUAUCUUCACUGAGACUCCUCGAGAAACUUUCAUGUUCCCCAAAACUUUCACAAAUACCUAGCGAUCUGCGGCGAAAUACUGGUAGAAAUAAAGCCAUCGCUGCUCUAGACGAUGAUUCAGACACAAUUUCAAGGAUCUUACAAGGAGAAGUAGAAGCAGAAAUUGAUAUCAAUCAGGGCCCUGAAUCACCCGCCUAUAUCAUAAAACUUCACAUAUUAGACUUUAUAAGCUCAUGUCUACAAGCGUUUCCAAAUCAGCCAAGCAUAGCACAUUCUCUACUCGGAUUCCGAUGCGGAAAAGAAGGGCUAUAUAUCGAUCCUCAAAGCUCAUUCAAUCAAGGAACCUCUCUCUUUCACGCUAUUCUCAAUCUGGUCAUAUGUGAUCCAAUAGAAAACAACGAUGGUAUCACGUCAUGGUUAAUUUCCCCUCAUCUAAGCGCUCUUCAAGUAUUGAAAGAAUUAUGGAGUGCACCAAUUUCAUCUGUAAUUACUAUAGCAGAGAUGCGAGAGACUGAAUUCUUUUUCCAUAUGUUUGUAAAGCAGCCCAUCAUACAGACUGGAAUGAAAUGGGAUGGAAUAGAGGUUAGGGACACAAAACUAGUAUCACCGGUUGCGGCUACUUGCUUAUCAAAGUUCUUGGGGAGAAGAGCAGUUAUUUUUCAGUAUCUCUCAACUGAACUUCGGAAAGUUUCACAAAAUCACAGCUCAUCAUUGAAACAACGUCUUCUAGAAACCCUAAUGGGCUCUACUAAGUUUGAAGAUGGUAGUGCAGUAGAUCAUGCUAGCGUCUUUGAACUAUUUGACUUUAUGGACUUAGAAAUGAUUACACUCCAGCCACCACCUCGAAUUACCUGGGUUACCGAUGCAGAUAUCUCAGCUUGUUCAAAUGACUCAGGCAUCAACAGCCCCGUACCAAUUGUGAAUUUGUCAAAACUAGAAGAAUUACUAGUACUAAAACGAUCAGAGCUCGAACAUGUAAAAGCUAUUGAGGAUCCACACCAAAUAACUCUUAUUAACACGCAAGCAAAGGAGCUACUUGAGUAUUAUGAAAACUACAAUCAAAUCAAAAUAUUUUGUGUCUAUCGUUACCAGGCCUUAAAAUCUUGGGUUCAGUUGAUAUUAAUUAUAAUCGAAACUGGAAACUUUGAUGACACAUCGAAAACAAACUUUGCUUUACGUGCUUUGCAAGCUAUUAUGCCACGGCUAGAGAAUGAUAGGGAAGUAGUAGACGAAGUGUUAGAGCUCGCUAAGCUCGCCAAGUCUCUACUGUUUAGCCUAAAUUUUGGCGCCGACUGCUUUAGACAGGGUGAUGUUGCUGAACUUGUCAGUGAUAGACUUUUUCAUUUAUUUCAAAUCUCUCUCCGAGCUAUCAGUAUUCUUGGGACCAAGGUUUCACUGAAGGAAUGGUAUUAUAACAUCUGUUAUCGGUACUUAGCUGGCAUGACAGAUACAACGGAGGCAACUAAUCGGCAUCGUCGGGAAAGUCUUCAGACAAUUAAGGCGGCGGGAGAUAAAUUUAUAGAUGUUGUGUGUGACGACGCAAGUAACGGCGAAACAAUGUGUAGAAUAUCGGCUCUAUUACUUCUUACGUGCCUCGUCAAGACGAGCAAAGAUGAGAAUUCGAAGUAUAUGGUUCAUUCUAUGACCCGCUUUAAUUUUAUUGGGCUGCUCGUUGAAUCGUUGCGCGAGAUUCCUCAGGUUAUACGGAAGUCAAAUGUUGACGAAAUCGAGAUGCAAUUAUCGUAUUGCCACGCAAGAUUGGCGCUUAUCCUAGAAAUUUCUCAGACCCGCUUUGGCGCAGCUGCUUUAUGUGACGCUGGACUUUUCCACGCCAUUCAUGAUUCUGGGCUGUUUUCAAUCGACCUUGAUUUAGGAGUUGACCUUGACUGUCAUGGUGCGGUAGGAAAAUAUUACGAUUUGACUGUCGCCUUUGUUAGAAUUAUUUGUUCAACAAUGUUGAGUCGUGGGCCGCAAAAUCAGCAAUUUCUUCAAAAUUGUCGACAGUUUCUGACGGACAAUCGACUCUCGAUAUUGAGCAUUCUUAAGAAGUCGGCUGGGCUUGGUUUCAUAGUCGGGAUCUCUCCUAAUACCAUUGAGGAUCUAACGGAUUUAUAUUUGCUUCUCAUCUCAUAUACCAAUUUCCUCGAGGUGGCUGAUCCCCAUUACAACAAUACCAACUUAUCCUCACGUGGCUUAACAAGCUUCACAUAA